GUGAUUGGUCGCUGCUGCCUGUCAAUCACUCGUUUGUUGCCCCAGGAGGGUCCGCUCGGCCCCGCCCCCGCCCCCCCCCCCGCGCCCCCGGGACCGCCGCGGAUUCCGCGGGGACGUCCCCGUUUCCUGCCCGAGAACAAUGGUGGCUCCGUCAUCUCCGGGGCGGCCCCGGGCGCCGCAGAGGGGCGGGGAGGAGGCCGGGCCCUCGCCCGUGUCCCGGUCGCCGUCGUUCCGCGGCGUCUCGGCCCCCGUGAGGCCGCGGAGCUGCGCUGGGAGUGAAGCUCCGGCGGCACGGCUUCCCUCCGCUUGAGUGGCGUCUGUGAUGCCCGGGAGCGCGCGUUCGCCAGCUCUCCGCUCCCGCUGCUGCAGCACGGCGCGGCAGCGCGGUUUCCUGGAAUCGCCGUGAGCCGAGGCUCCCGCGGCGGCCGCUGCAGCCAGCCCAAGCCGCAGCACGGCCCCGGUGGCUCCCUCAGCACCGAGCGAGCGGCUGCAGCCAGCCCGAGCCGCAGCACGGCCCCGGUGGCUCCCUCAGCACCGAGCGAGCGGCUUUGCGCUGCCGGCGCCGGGGCUGAGCGCCCUCGGCUUUGCGCAGCUCCCGCUCCGUGUCUCACAUGCCAAACACGGCCGGAGCGCGCUCGGCGGGAUCCCAGCCCGCAGCCGGCCGGGAAUGGCAGCCGCCAGUGCUGGAACCGAAGUUUUCCCGACGCCGAACUUCCGUCGGUGAUGGUUUUGUGCUGUUCAGACAGACCGUUCUUCAUAGAAAAUGCCCACCCACCAGAUUCUGACGGGUUAAACUGAUGACAUCAGUCAAGUGCCAAAGCUUAAAGCAUAAAACUUCUGCAUUUCAGCCACUGAAAAUCAUUAACUCUGCGUUUUCAGCCUUCCCGAAUGUAGAAUCUGCUGUAUGUUUGAAGGAUCUUUUGGUGGCAUCUUGGGCAUACAGUUUUUGCAUUUGCAUUCCAUUCCUGUGGGACCACCUAGAACAAAAGCAGUCCAGUGGAGUCAUGAGCUGCUUGUCAGAGAUUCUGAAGGACCUGGAUGAUUACUAUGAAAAAUUUAAACGGGAGACAGAUGCUGUGCAGAAGAGAAGAAUGUUGCACUGCAUACAGAGAGCCUUGAUUCGAAGUCAGGAACUGGGGGACGAGAAGAUCCAAAUCGUCAGUCAGAUGGUGGAGCUGGUUGAGAACAGAACAAGGCAAGUGGACAGCCACGUGGAGCUGUUUGAGACUUGCCAAGAGACUAAUGACACCACUGGAAACAGCGGGAAAGCCAGCCAGGAUAAGUCGAAGAAUGAGACAAUCGCACAGGCUGAAAAGCCCAACAACAAGAGAUCGAGGAGGCAACGGAAUAAUGAGAAUAGAGAAAAUGCCUCAAAUAAUCAUGAUCACGAUGACAUCACCUCAGGAACACCGAAGGAGAAGAAAGCAAAAACAUCCAAGAAGAAGAAACGAUCCAAGGCUAAAGCAGAGCGGGAAGCUUCUCCCCCUGACCUUCCUAUUGACCCUAAUGAGCCAACAUACUGCUUGUGCAACCAAGUCUCCUAUGGAGAAAUGAUAGGAUGUGAUAAUGAUGAGUGCCCCAUUGAAUGGUUUCACUUUUCUUGUGUGGGACUCAACCAUAAACCAAAGGGCAAAUGGUACUGCCCCAAAUGUAGAGGAGAAAACGAGAAAACUAUGGACAAGGCAUUGGAGAAAUCUAAAAAAGAAAGGGCAUACAACAGGUAGUUUGUGGACUUUUCAUAGUGGAGGAAAAAACCCACCAAACCAGUGUAUUUAUUGUCAGUGUCACCUUUGUUGAGGUGAAAGGAUUGUAAAAUGUAUAUUUUUAAAGGAGGUUUAAAACUGAACCAUUCCUGUUACAGGGACGGCAAUAAGAAAUUUUAGGUUUCAUUUGGUAAGCUGUAACAAGAAUGUGGUCUGUGGACCAAUGUAUUCCAAAAGUAAAAAUAUAAGAAUAUUCGGGUGUUUCUUAAAAGAUAAAUUAAUACUUUUCUUUAUUUCUUUUCUUUUCUUUCUUUUUUUUUUUUGUGCUGGUAGCACUCUACCCAUUAAAAAUUUGACAAAUAUCUCUGCAAUGUAAUUUUGUUUUCUUUAAUGAAAAAUGUUAUUUACCUUUUGAGGAAAAUUGAUAAAUAGUUUAACCACCUGGGUAUAUCUGAAUAAAGCUGCAAUACAUUCAAAAGUAAUUUCUUUUGGUGAUAAGCAAGAACAAACAAAAGGAGGGUAAAAUUUGGUUCCUGCUACAAAGUGUCAGUAUAACAGUUCAAUAGCAAAUGUUUAAAUAGGCUUAGAGGAUUAUUUUUUAAAACAAAAGUUAAUGGUUAAAUUUUAAACAACAAAUAUUUUAUAUGCUGGCCAGGUACCACAAAGGCCAUUUUUAAAAGAUUGAAUAUGUUUUGUAUUUAACCAGGAAGUGGUUUAGUAAUGAGACAUAACAUAAAUGAAGCUUUAUACUGUCACAGAUAGUGGUGUAGCAAUCCUUAAUUUGUUUAAGUUGUAUAAAUGUACAUUUUAAGUGGAGUUGCACUUACUGUAUUAUACUUGGAAAUGCAGCCAAAUGCCAUUGUGUAACCAAUGUGCAUUUCCUGCUGUAUGUAUGAAAAUUGUACAGAUGUGAUAUUAAGAAAUAAAUGAAAUGACUUUGA